AUGGGGUAUCGACGCGCAAGAGAUACUAGUAUGUGGAUCCAUGGGGUUGGUUCCAAUGUAGGAGUGUUACGUGGCGAUAAAUUCAUCCGGAAAUGUAAGAAUUUAGCGUAUCAUCUGAGAUCUCACAGAUUCUCACUCCAUCGCACACAGUCACUAUAUCCUGAAGCAAUUGUUAGAGAAACUCAUCGCCUCUACCCUCCGAGAGGAUUCCAUGAAAUAUCAGUCCCGAACAACACAAACCUCUUUACAUCGAUUAUCGAAGCUAAUAGGAACCCGGACAUUUGGGGCCCCGAUGCGCUUGAAUGGAUCCCAGAGCAGUGGCUUUCUCCUCUUCCCUCAUCUGUCUCCGACGCGCAUGUCCCAGGAAUCUACUCGCACUUAUGA